GACUCUAGCAACGCCUGCCCUGCUGGCCAGAGCUGUGUAUCUGGCACCUGUUCUCCCGACGGAUGUACGUCUAGCACUCAGUGCGGCACUGGAGAGGCCUGUGUCGCUGGCAAUUGCUCACCGGAUGGCUGUUCAUCUGAUAGUGAAUGCGCAACCGGGGAGAGCUGUGAUAGUGGUGUUUGCACACCUGGGUCUCCAAGUACCUGUGAUUCCAGCGACACUUGCCCCGAUGGCCAGAGCUGUGUAUCUGGCAACUGCUCUCCGGAUGGAUGUACGGCCAGCACUCAGUGCAGCACGGGAGAGAGUUGUGUCUCCGGCGCUUGUUCUCCGGAUGGCUGUUCAUCCGAUACCGACUGUGUAGGCUCAGAGACCUGCGAUGCCGGAGUCUGCACACCUGGGUCCACAGGCUGCUCAUCAGACAGCGACUGUCCCUCAGGUCAAACUUGUGACUCUAGCGUUUGC